CUUGUUUCUGUGUCAUGUUCAGGUAAUGUUUACUGUCGUCAUGGUGUUGUAGUUACCAUCUGUAAAAGCAAUGACAUGUUGUUAUCUACAGAGAGAGAUUAUACUCACUUGGAAGAGGUUUUAAGGCCAUUUUUGCUCCUCAUUGAGUCACGUUUUGGACCGAAAAUGUUCCUCACAUCUAUUUUCAUGAGAGCCAAAACAAAAAACUAUUCAUGCUGACAUUUAGGCGUAAGAUCAGGUCAGAAUUUUAACUAUGAUACACCCUUGAAUCUUCUAGCAUCCUCGCUGAACUGGGGAGGAAAGAGAAGGGGACACCAAACUCAUCUGGGUCAGGUGUUUUGGGCAAAAUGGUCACGAGGCGAGCCGAUGACAGUGAGGAUGGACGUGGACAUCCUGAAUGGUUGACUCGAGAGCAGCUGAAACAGAAUAAGAGACGACACUCCUUCACACUUGGAGAAAAGGCUGAAAUCAUGAGAAAACAUCACCGCAGUAUUGAUCCAGCUCGAGGAGUAUGCAGCCUUGAGGUACAAAUAAUCGCCUCAGUCUGAAGGUGAAAUCAAAGAUGUUAAUGCAGCCUGCUUGAAUUUGUUUGAAGUCUACAUUAUUUAUUUUUAAUCUUUCCCAAUAGAGUUGCAUAUUUUAGCCUCAAGGUGUCACUAGAGUGUCACAUCACACAGUUCACAGCCUAUUUCCUAAGAGCUUCCAUCAAACUCAAGCUGAAGUAUAUCUCAGCAGCAGCAGCAGCGGCAGAAUGAAUGUGAGGUAAUGCCAAAAAUGCCAUUUUAAAUCAAGUUGAUGCUCAAUUUACUCACAGCCUGACAGCGCACCGUGCGUAACAAUCUGUCCCAGAGCCUGGGACGGCCAUGUUUCAGGCCAAAGUAACACAAACACAGCAGCAGCGCCAACUUUACUCUAAAGAGCCCACAUAGAGUCGGAUCCAAGCUUUCAGCCCUGACAGGGGUGAUGGAAAGAUGUGGGAGGUUUUUUUUUCCUGAAGUUUGCGGGUUGUCGUUGCAGAUGUCAGUCACACUUUCAUGCCUAAUGUAAUGAGCAAUGUGCCAUUACAGAUUAGGCAAAGACAGGCUUAGGAGUUCAAAGUUAUGCAGCUCUAAUAAAAAAGGAUUUGGAGAGCAGUCGAGGCUGCAUGUGAACACUUUUAGUCCUUCCAUCACUUUGACUGAUUAAACAAUUAUCUUUGCAGUUCAGGAGAUACCAUGGGGAGACCUCGACCCCGGUUACACCCUGUGAGGAGUUAGGCCUGUUUAUCCCUGUUAUUUAUUAAUGACAGAUCAGAGGGUGUCAUGGAUCAAGGACCUGCUGCUAGGAAACCAAAUUGAAGAGAGGCCAUUAACCCGGGGAGCAUGGCCCGUUGUUUGGCCUUGUAAAGCAUCACAGAGGCUUGACAUAGCAGGUGGUGGCUUGCAGUAGCCAUUAAAGAAAUUCACUCACCCUGGUGUGGGGCCUUAAUUGUGUUUAUUGAUAAUUAAACUGUGAGAAAAAACACCCUCCCUAUCCUUGAUUUGUAUUUUUUAGCACUCAGACUUAAUGAACUGCCUGGUGAGUGGAUUUGAGUGACUAGACUGAGCUUUUUUAAUUCCUGCCUGUUAUUUAUUUUUUCUCUUGUAUGUCUUAAUUAAACUGCAUAAUAACAAUAAAGGCUUUUCUUAAUAAAAAUGCUGCUGUUUUCUCUUUCAACAAGAUUGAUGAGACAAUUUCGCUUGACAACCUCCUGAAACUGGAACAAGCAUUUCAGGUACGAACUGCAUCGUUUUAAGAAGAAGACGACUCUGCUUUUUCAUUUCUGCAAAAGUUGACUUUUUUUAUGUCUCUCUGUAGGAAUUUGAAGCGGGUGGCUUGAGACCCAUUGAUGCGAAGAAUUUUGGACGUAUCGUGACAACUUGUUUGGGUUUGCCAAAGACGGUAAGACAGUGUGACGUUUCUUUUUAUAUCUCGCUCUCUUUUAUUCUUUCAUGCUUGUCCUCCUCGCUGCUUUUCCCUUUUUGCAGCCCACCACGCUUUUUCAAUCACCUGAUUGGCUUACAAUAAGUCUCAUUGCACUUUGUUUCUUUGUUCUUUUAAUUUCACAGAGCAAUGCACAGAUUCAAGGGCUAUUCAAGAAGAUUGAUUAUUCAGGCCGGGGAAGGAUUUCAUGGGUGAGAUGGAAUUGAUAUUUGUUUCUUAUGGAGCAUGCAGUCUUUCUCUUUAUUGAGUGUUUGGCCUCAGUUAUAAAACAUUUCCAUGCAUGCUGACACCAGAAAUCUGCAAUAAAAAAGUUAAGCCAAUUUUAAAUGUGACAGGGUUAUUUCUGCAGCUGUAAUUCAGACAGGAGUGGCAGAGCAAGUGUAGCCGCACACAAUGAAUCGGGCUAAAUCAGCUUUUCCAGUGCCAGGUUGAAUGUAAACGAACAUAUUUAUCCUGCGCUGCUUCCAAAAAGUGGUUUUCAGAGUGGAAGCAAAUAUUUGCAUUGAGGCACUUGCUCCAUGUUUAGUAUCUUUUCAGUGUUUUCUUUUGCCGCAGCUGGAUAGUUUGUUCAUUUCUAUACACUUUGCCUGGAGAUAAGGAAGAGUCUUUUAUCUUUUUUUUUCUCAUUGAAUAAUCUCUUAACCAAAUGUUGAACAUUAGUCAUGACAUUUAAAAGACCUUGCUCUCUCUGGUCUGUUUGCAAAUUUCAUUAAUAAUGAGCCCUCUCUCCACCUGAUGUGAAAGGAUAAUAAUGAUGACUACAGACACCAAAAGUUCUCAUCAUGGCUUUGUGUUGCAGGGUGAUUUCUGCACACACGUGCUCCAGAGUUACAAAGAGAGACAGGAAACCAUCAGAUGCAGCAAGCGAGUGUCAUUCACUCUACCGGCGACCGUGAGGACGUCAUGUCACGGCAUUCCCAUCGUCAACAUCGGCUCCACCCGUGACGACACCAUCGUCACAGUGAGAGAGGAUGGAUUGGUUUGCUGCUGGAGCCCUGAACUCAAACCAAUGCAGACCAGACAUUUGUUUGUAUGUUUUAACUUCUGGACACUAGAAAGACGAUUUGGUGUGCUAUCCUCUUUUCAACAAAACUUUAUGAAAAGAGCCACGAUUGAUCCCUAUCGAUUAAUGACUAUUAUUGAUUCUACAUUAAUGUGGAUAUCUCCUCCUUUUGUAAGAAGUGAAGCCAAAACACCAUCAUGUUCGCCCCUUUCACCUAUCAAACAUCCAACAUUAAAGUUCCCUCAGGUUGAUGCAUGCGCUGUCUGUUAACAUAACAGAGAAGGUGGGCUUAAAGACCUAUACUGAAGCCAGCCACCAGGGGGAGCUUUAAAGUUUUGGUUUCACCUUUGGGGGGCUCUGUGGCACCAUGGCUUGUCUGCUCUUACAGUCAGUGGUUCCUGUCAUGGACAUCUAUGUCUUAAACAAGGGCAAAGAAAAAGCAAAAGAUGAUCUCUUGAUACUCGAGUCAACAUUAAGUGUGUGUCCCUGCAUGUGUAGCUAUGUGUGGGAGUGUGUGUGUGUGUAUCAGAGAGAGACAGUGACUUGAAUAAAUUACUGGACCCAUGUUGAUUUUAAUGAGGGACCACAUCACCCCAGAAGGAUGUUGGAGUGUAAUGAUGGGUUCUUCAUGAACAACCACGGAGGCGUAAAGUGGAUGACUCCAAAAAAUCAUCUGUUGGCGACACUGUUAAUACCUGUGAAGGGGUUAUUUUGUGCAGUAGGAGUCAAGACCGUCACUGUGUUAAGCCCAAAAUAUUAACAUCGCUCUUUUUUUCUUACAGACUGAAGUCCCUGCGAACACGAAGUCAAAGUGGGCGAGUGAUUUCACUGUGAUGACUGAGUACAACAAGCUGGUGGUUGCUACUGGGUAAAGAGAGACAAAAAUUUAAUGCCAUUUUGGUAACACUUUAUUGGACGCAUAUCUCUAUGACGCAUUAUAAAUAUAUUUAUAAUGUGUUAUAAUCAUGUAAUAGCACUGUGCAACUAUAGUUAUAAACACUCAUAAAUGAUCAUUAUGCUUUACAUAUGACUUACAAAGUCAGGUAUUAUAAUGUGUUAUAACUGUUAACAACUCACUGACAAUGCCCACAUUGAUAAUACAAUGCAACUGUUGUUACCAGUUAUAACACAUUGUAAAACCUGACCUUGUAAGUCAUGAUAAAAUGCUUUAUAAUGUGUUAUGAUUGUUGCUAUAAAGCAUUAUGAUAAUUAAUGAGUGUUUAUAACUAUAGUAAUACAGUGCUAUAACAUGAUUAUAACGCAUUUUGAAUGUAUUUGUAAUGCGGUAUAGAGAUAGGCGUCAAAAAAAGUGUGACUGAAAUUAGAUUUUAGCUGGACAUUAAACAGUGAGGCUUGACAAUCAGAAUCAGAAGGGGUUUUAUUGCCAUUGUCGAUCAACAGGAUUCACAGACUAGGAAUUUAUUUUGGCAUGAUGGUGCAACAAUAAACAGAGAGAAAUAUAAAAUACUAGAAUAAAAACUAAUAAGAGCAUGCAAGAAGUAUAUAAAGUAUAAAAAUAUAAAAGUAUAAAAGGUUAUGCACAAUGCUAUGGGCAAUAAGUAUAAAAUAAAAGGCUAAAUAAUGACCUACAUGACCUAAAUAAGCAACCUAUUAAAAAAAAAGGCUGGCUAAAAAAGUAAGGUAAAGUAAUUACAUUCUUGCCCAGAGGGGGCGCCAAAAUCAACUUAAACUAAGCGCAUGAAUGCCUUUGUUAACUGCAGGACCUGGACUCCUCAGGUUUUGUCCAUCAAACCUGUGUUUGCUGUCUUUCAGAGACAGAGAGAUCCAGCUUUAUGAGCUCUCCACUCUGGAGCCGUACUGUCAGAUCAGCGCCCUGGACACCGUGCCUUUAACUGUAGACUACAGGUGAGCAGCUGGACCUCCACCAUGUUUACGGAUUCAUAAAAUGUCCCAAUAACACCCACACUGUUAUUUGUGCUUUUUCAUCACCAGCCACAUGGGAGCUGAUAAAUGCUGUAUUCUCUACGGAGACACUGAGGUACUCUUUUAAUUAAAACACUCAUCUAAACAGCAAUCAGUAACUGUGUUGAGCUUGAUUAACACUUUGAAGAGCUGAUUCAAGUGUUUAUAUUUCAGGGUUGUGUGACGAUCAUUAUAAUAUCCUCUGUUGCAGAUACUCUCAGGUAAGUGUGCUUUUUAAAAGUCCCUAUACGCACACCUGUAAUCAUGAUGUUUACCUUUAAAAGAGGUUACCAUAGCAAGAUGUCCUCGUAUAUACGCUUAUCUAGUCUAUUUUUACGCUGUAAUUGGAGGAGAAAAUGCCAAGGUUAUUUCUCUGCUGGCCUCAACAAGUUGGUGAUUAGGAUUUGAUUUUCUGCACAACGAAAGAAAACUCAAAUGUGUUUACCAUCUUAUUUGGCCCCUCUAUUGUUUUCCUGGCUGAUAAAUAAGAUAAUUUUGACACAAAUUGUUUCAGAUAAGUGAAAGAUACAUUUGUAAAGUAUUUGCAUAGGGACAUAAAUCAGGGUAAAUUCAUAAAAUGUGGAUUUCUAGUUUAUCUUUAUGCAUAUUUAGGUUCAAAAUGUAUGUUUCACAACCAAGCAGCAGCUACCUUGAAUUCAUUGAAACGCAUCAGGUUUUAUAAACCCUGGAGGAUCUAAAAUACUCCGGGAAUGUGAUCGUUUGUUUGUCAGUACUUAGUCAUUCAUCGAGUGGAGAGUUGUUGCACUCACAUUGUUGCAAAUGCAAUCUGUUGAAAAGCUCAUUUCUUUCCUGUUACAUGUUGUACCUUUCAAUCUAUUCAGGAUGAAAACACUCUUGCACAAAAGUGAUCCUGCUGGUUUUUGUUUUGGUUGCAACAAGUAAGAGAAUACGCUGCAGUGUUUGGACUCCUGCAUAAAAACCCUUUUUUCUCCGCUCCUAUUUGCAGAGCUAUUUCAAAUAUGUGGUGGAAAAUUAUACCUUUACUCACCAUAGGUUUCCUGCCAAUCAAAGAAAUUACAGGCUCUCUCUGUGUGUGUCUGACAGUUUUCAGGCGUGAUUGUACAUCCUAACUUUUCAUUUUCUAGAGUAUGGAAUAAAUUACCAAAGGUUGAAGAUGUGCCCAACAUAGUGAUGGACAAUGCAGUGCUUUCUCCGGAUGUGACCUUUGUCAGAUGGAAGGUUCAUCAGGACUGGGUAACACAGGUGACCUAUGAGUACAAAAUGCAACAAUAUCAGAUAUAUUGUGUUUUGCUUGAACAGAUUUAACGUAAAACUUAUUUUGCUCUUCUUCAGGUUAGAUAUUUUCAAAGUUUUCAAGCGGUUGUCUCCUCGUCAAACGAAGAGUCCUCAUCUCUUGUCAUAGGUAAUUUAUGUUUGACUUGUUUCUUGAGCUUUUAAUUAGUUUAAAUGUCCCCCUUUUUUACUACUUAAAGUUUUUUAAGGGCUUUUCUUCUGCAGAGCUCCAGUAACUCACUAUCAAUUCGCCUCCGAGUCGUGGGCGUAGACAGCGCUGGUCUGUAGGUCACGCUAGCUUGCUGCCUAACAUUGCAGGUGUAGCAGAUGUGGCAGGUAACAUAGGAGCUAUUCAGCUCUCUGACACUAAUGUCUUUGGGGACAUGAUAAAAGUUAAUAUCACAAUUAGCUUUCUCACGAGCAUUGCAAUCCGCUAACACAUAUGCUUUUUCCGCGAUCCUCCUCUCUAUUUUUCUGAGUGUGGAGCUUGGAUUUGCUACAUAGAAAAUCUCACUGUAUCUGAUCCUGCCAUUUGGCUCUGCCAGAGAAUUAAAGCGAUUCGAAUGCAGAAGUACUCAAGGAAUGCAAUUUCACACUUAUAUUUUCAUGUAGACAACAAGAAAAACAUGAUUUUGAUCGGGGUAGGUCUUUAAAGGCAUGGUUUCAGAAACGUUGGUAAAUAUAGACACAUUUUUUCUCAUAUUGACUUGACAUGAAAACACCCAUACUUUUCUUAUUAGCAGUGGUGCAGAGUUAAAUACACAGAGAUGUGCAUUCUGCUAUGUUGGAAGCAUUAUUUGCACUUUUUGGACCAAAGUAACAGGAAACAAAAUGCUAACUAAAAAAAGCACUCAGAGAGUGCAGACCUUCGCCAAGCAGCUCAUGUCCCCCCUUAUAUUGUGAUUCACACCAAAACUUUUACUGUUACGUGUCUUUUAUUAACUUUUAUGUAUGUUUAAACUGGUAUGUUCACUGUUCAUAAUGUUCCUAAAACAAGAAAUGCCCUGACCCGGAUUUGAACCCAGGACCUUCUUACUGUGAGACGACAGUGCUAACCACUACACCACUGUGCCGCCCAUUGGUUAUCUUUCAGCAUUGAAAAUUCCAACAACACCCUUAUUUUUGUGUGUUCUGGAUCACAGUAUCCAGAAUUUUGUCUGGAUUAGGAUCAACCUUUGACACCUCAUAAAACUCAUUGAGAUCCUUUUGUGUCAUUUUUUACUAAAGACUCUGGACAUUUUUAUAGAGUUAAAUGCAAAAAUUCCAAAAUUUGCCCUAUCUCACAAUGAUAAAGAAUCCUUCAAAAAAUUCCUGGAUCCAGAAGGCGAUCCGGAUCACCACCAAAAUGUAAUGGGAUCCUCCUGGGGCUGAGACGCACCUCUGGUGAAAAUUUCAGGUCAAUCCGUCUGUAACUUUCUCUGUAAAGUUGCUAACAGACAAACAAACAAACAAACAAACAAACGCUACCGAAAACAUAACCUCCUUGGCGGAGGUAAUAACAACAUAAAGUCUAUCAGAUACAAUCAGAUUCAAGGUAAUAAUAAAAAGUAGAAGAACAGAUCAAAAUUAUAUGUGCUUCUUAUUUUUCUGACACCUCAGUGAAAAAGCGUCCACUGCUUAAGGUGAUGGUAGAAAGUCUCUUAAUCCUCUAUAAUGCGCUGUGAUUACCGUUCACGGUGAACAUUAGGCAGCCUGGAAGGAGCGCUCUGAGGGAUGACUGUUGAUGACUCAUCCAUCACAAAUUCACCAAUCAAUGCCAAAAUGUGUGUGUGUGUCUGGUUGAUCGCCCAUGUCCACUCGCCAGCUCGGUCAUUUAUUCUGAUAAUGACUCACCCGCGCUCCUAAAGCAUGUUUUGAUCGAUGCUCGUGGCCUUGUAAUAAAAUCUUUUUUUCUUCUCCUUCUUCUGGAGGCUGCGCGUUGCCUCUGACAGACGCCGAGCAGCAGCUGAUCGAGAUCAGAGAGGCCUGCUACGAAGGGAAGAUUAAAAAGGUCCAACUGAGCUGGACUCCACAGCAGAGAGCAUCAUGCGACCAGAGGGUGUUUAGCAUCUAUAAAGGUGUGAAGGCGUUUGACCUUUGUCAGAAGCACAGCCUGCUGGUAACAGGAGGCAUGGACAGACUCAUCCGCAUGUGGAACCCUCAUUUUUCAGGGUGAGAGAGCAGAGCUCAGUGGGAAUCGGAGAGGAAAUUAGCAUUGAUUUAGAAAGACACCUCCCGUUGAUACUGUUUGCCUUUUUUAGGAAAGCUACAGGAGUGUUGAAAGGCCACUCUGCCCCCAUCGUCUACCUCAAAGUCUCCUCAGAGGACGGUCAGAUCUUCUCUGUCUCUACAGAUAACACUGUGAAGGUGAUCCAUGCCUCAUUUUAUAUUCAAAUGACCCAAAGAUGCUGCAUCUCUAAUUCUGUAGAUACACUGAUCACUGCAGACAUUUCUCUUCUCUCUCUCUCUCUCUGCCUGGAAGGUCACCAGGUAUUCAGCGGCGAGGCUCUUUCCUUACAGUUCCAAAUCCACACACCAUGAAUACUACUUUACAAACAUAGACCACUGCAGACACGGCCUCUCCCUCCUCUACCUCACAUCACUCCGCUAAGCACCAAACAUGCAUGCCAAUCGUUGUCGUGAUUCAUCAGACUCGGGGAACAGAAACACUGACAGCUGAUCAAUACACAGUACACCCUGAAAAAAGUUCAGAAGUAGCAGCUGGUGACAGAGAGAGAAAGAGAGAGAGACAGAGAGUGAGCGAGAGAGAGAGUACGGAGUCACUGUGACUGGCAAGUUACAUGCAAGUUGUUUGAUUCUUAGACUUUGCAGAACAUGAUUCUGAAGCCAGCAAUAGUGGUCGUCAUAUUAAAAGAGCAGAUUUAACAGAGCUUUCUGGCGGGCCUGUAUCCUGUUUGCCUCUCAGUCAAAUCAGUCACACCUCAUUAUGCAAACUAAUGCAGGAGUCUUAACCUUAAAAUCUCCAGAACACAAAUACACAUAUCCAUAAAACUAGAGAGAAAAAUAAUAAUGAAAUACAGUUACCUACUGCAGCUUUGAGUAAAAAUGUAUGUGCCUUUAUCCAUUUCAGAUUACUCUUUAUUGAACUUGACAUAAAUCACAGAUACAAAAGAGGAUUAGGGCCACAUGAGGAGGAAAAAAUAUGACAGAAAGGAGAUUAAAGUUGAAAUUUAGAGGUUGAAGUCAAAUUUUGAGAUUAAAAAUUGAAACUUCAGGUUAAAGUUGAAAUUUCGAGAUUACAAAAUGUGGAAAAGUCAUGACUAGUAUUGAAAUUUCUAGAUUAAAAAAAUCCAAAUUUGAGAUUAAAGUCAAAAUUUUAAGAUUAAAGUCGACAUGAAUAAAUUCGAACUUUUGACUUUUUAAAAUUUCAAUUUUAAUCACGAAAUGUCGACUUAAAUAUUGAAAUGGAAAUUUAAAAACUGUUCCUACUGAAGUUAUAUUUUUUCUCUUCUUGCGGCCCUAACCCUUUGUCAUACUGAUAAAUAUCACUUUAUUCUCCUCCACAUGUGUUGUAACUGUACUUUAGAUUUAGUUUUUUUGCACAAUUUACAAAUAUCUAAUCAGUGUUCCCUGAUUACAGUGGACCAGAAAGCAAACAGGAUUCAUGGUGACAUAUCUGCAUGCUUGUACUCCCCUGCUCAUGAGGUAUUACUUUAACCCGACUCAGUAUGAUUCCUCAUUAUUCCCCUUUUGUCCUUCUUCCAGGUUUGGGAUAUUCAGGAUCAGUGUUGCCUGAUCAUAGUGGACCAGAAAGCAAACAGGAUUCAUGGUGACAUAUCUGCAUGCUUGUACUCCCCUGCUCUGAGGUCCCUCUACAUCGCUGCAGACUGCAUUGCUGUCCUCUCACAGAAAAUUAGGUUUGCUGUCUGGCCUUUUUUUGCUUUAUUUAUAUUCCUCCUCUGAACUGACUCAACACUGAUGGUUUUGGGAGGCUCUAAAACUGAAAAGUACAGCUGAUGAGUUUGAAGAUUUUCUUUGAAGGGUUUAAAAAUCCCUCUUUCACCCAAAAGAUACAUAAUUUAAGAUUUCUCUCCAGUGCCUCAAUUUAUAAUAAUCUUCCAGUUAUUCAUUUUGUUAUCUUUCUCUUCUGUUAAGGCCGCAGCUUCACAGCCGCCUGACUGUUUCUCACAAUGAGCCUGUAACGUGCUGCGGCUACAGCCGGGAGUUUCGUCAAGUGGUGAGCUGCUCUGAAGGAUCUGUGAGUAAAUUUGUGUUUAAUAUUAACACCGACACAGGCGAGCAACUUUAAAUUUACACAGAAGUAUAAUCCAGUCAUGUGCACACAAGGACAGGACUGCUUUUCUCUUUAUCUAAACUGUAUGUCAACAGAUACAGUAAAUUUCAUGAAUAAAUGUUUUUAUAAUCUAGUAUCUUCCUCUAAUCUUGUCUUCACGUUUUGUAGCUCUUUGUAUGUUUUGUUUGAUGAGUAGCAGUCAUAACACUAACAUGAACUUUGAUAUAAUAUUACUCAUUUUAGGUGGUGAAAGUCUGGGAUUUUGACACAGCGCGACAGGUGUUUGAGUUUGGCGGGACAAAUGGCCUGUCUGCCUUCACAUGUAUGACCUUUGACCCCAAAGGGAGAAGGUACAGUAAAUAAAAGAGCUUGCAUUACAAAAAAAACCCUUUCAGUGCUGUGUUCCACUACCAUAUUUUUCGCACCAUAAGGCGCACCGGAUUAUAAAGCGCAUUAAGCUGAACAAAACAGUCAGAUAAGUCAAACUUUAUUUAACUUGUUCAAUAACUCCGCGAGGCUACGGUAGCUGCAGUGCUCCGACAAGCCAAAAGGAUUUUAAGUUCGCCUUAUAGUGCAAAAAAUACGGUACGUAGGAAGUCGGGUGUUGGAGCUUGGAAUGAUGUUACAUCCAAGUUGAUGGCGUUCCAGUAAACAAGUCAGAAAACCAAGAUAGAUGCCUACUGUUCAUGUCCCCCUGUUGUUAAUUGUUGUUAGCUAUACCAGUAGUAAACAACGCAUAACACAGUAUUUUACUCUUACAAACACCAUAGCACCGUGUUCACAGUUAGACGUUGGGAAGUACAACAUAUACCACUUAUUGAAUUUCACAAAAACAAAACAGAAGUGCUAAUAAAUGAUACAUUACGAGAGCUUUCACUGUUACCCUUUACUGUUGAUGCACUGCGCUGCCAUCUUGGAUUAUGACCUUGUCGUCAAGUUGGGGUUGGUGAGGAUUGUGCGACUUUCCGAGUCAGAAGUCGCAGCAUAAGUACUACUUUAUCACCUUACCAGAUGUUUUGUGUUUGCAGACUCAUCACUGGAGGAAGAAAUGGUUGCUUAAAGAUCUGGAACUUCAAUAACGGCCAAUGCCUGAAGACACUAAAAAAAGGUCUGAAUUCAGUCCAUAAAACAAAACACUUAAAACACCCUAAAUUUAACAGAUAACAGAGAAACAUCCACUCUUAUCUGUCCUCCAGAUGCUGCUGUCUGUAAUGAAGUGUGUGACUGCGUCUUUCUGCAGGUUCACAGUAACCAGUGAGUAAAAGUUUGAUAUUCGCCCGUCUUCUUUCCUCUGUGUGAAUUAUAAUCCCUGCUGAUUUAAUGCUAUUUGAAUUCGCAGCUAUGUGAUGUCUGUGGGUCGAGACCGCAGGAUUGACAUUUACCCAGUGAGUAGAAAAAGAAAAGGUAUUAUUGUCAGCUGUGUUUCAGAAACCUCAUUCCAAUUAUUCCUCCACCUCUCCAUCAUACUGCACCUCAUUUACAUUUGUUUACGUUCUUAUAAUAACCUGGAAACCAAUAUGAAUCUGCAAUAAAAGACCUUUGAAUUUCAUUAAAAAUACAAUUGGAAAAGAGGAGUAAUAUCUUCUGCUUUGUGGGCAAUGACACUUCUGGUGGUCUUGUUAAUGAGAUAAUGAUAAUGUACUUUAGUAGGUAUUUUUAUAACCGAAUCAGAUGUAUAAGGUUUCUAUAGAAAGACUAUAGAUCUGUGUUUUAUCAGGACCUGCCUGAAGACCACCAUCAUGUCCAGAAGCCGCAGCCCUCCUGGCAGGAUGAUCUGGUGAGUAAUGAUCAAGAACUAUCGACAUUAACUUUGAGAAAUCAUGUUUGCUUUGACCAAAUAUAGUGAACCUUUCAGGUGAGACUAAGUAUCCCUCUGUGACAUUUAAAUCAGGCAAAACUGGAUGAAUUCAGUCUUUAUUUUUCCUGCUGUGAAAUCUAGACAUCCAUUUGUUGAAGUGACAAAAACAAUAAAUUACUUUUACUGUUGAAAACAUUCAACAACGCUUCAUACAAAGCAGCUCUACAGUUUUAUAACGGAUCAUAAACUUAUAUGAGGCGAAUCCAGACAAAAACAGACGUAGGUUUGUGUUGCAUCAUAUAAACAGUGUAAAAAUAGACGCUCCCGCAUUUCUGAGACAAAAGCGCUUUGUGCUGAAAAACCUUGAAAAUUUAUCCUAACAAUCCAUCCUAACAAUCCAUUGUUCUGUUGUUACACUCGCUUCACAUUUUAGUACAUAAGGUUUCUCGGACAGUCGUGUCCUUGCUCCACCGCAGACACCUUUGGGGCUCGGAAGAUAAAUCUUCCCUGCUGGUACUCUUUUCACUUUUUCUCAGGCACACGCAGGAAGCUGUGCUCUUUGGUCCCCAAAACCUUUUUUUCGCUGACUGGCUGGAAACCUCAAAGAGAGAUGGGUAACAAAGCCUGCCUGAUCUCUGCCCUACUGUGCAGCAUCGCCUGCAGAUAAUUCUUCACUUCACCUCCUCAGUUUCUCUUAGUUUUGAAAAUUUCUUUAACAUAUUUUAAUUUAUUCUUCCUAUCUGUUCAUGAACGUGCCGUCCUCCUGCACCCAUAACUCAUUUACAUGGCUGCUAAUGUCAUCAAGUUUUCUCCCACAUCGUCGUUCAUGUCCUCACACCACACAGCUUCUCUUUGUGCAGCCAAGCUUUGACCCGUCACUACCUGUAGUCUAUGACAGGCUCGGCUUCAGGGCUGUCACUCAGCUGAAAGGAUGAUUUUAUCACUGACUCAGUUCAGUCAAAAGGUGUGCACCAAAUGCCCCAUGCACUCCCAUCACAGUGUCUCAUAGAGUUACAUCAGUUUUUCCCCUUAAGCCUUUUUUCUUUUUGGUUUUGCACAUAAAGUGAUGUCAAGAUCACAUAUUUUGAAGACAAAUCUAGACGCAUAUUUAUUUAUUUUUGACAGUUACAGAGAUAUUUCAUGAAUAACCACAAUCACAAAGGCAGAUGAUUCAAUCCACUAAAUAUCACAGCAUCGCUAUGCCAGGCACGUCAGAGAGCUGCCAACACUGUUGAUGCUCAUUAGGGAUUUCCAUUCCUGAUCAUUGAUUAUUGAGUCAGAGCAGCUUUUAGAUUUGGUGGAUAUCUCAGCGCGAGGGGAAAUACUCAUUUGAUUCGAUCAUGCAGCCUUUGGAGUACAUGAUGGCCAAAAGUGAAAAUCAUGCAAACGUAAUACUUUUCCAAAUGAAAAAACUGGGAAUUUGAAGAGUUUUCUUUCCCUCUAUGAUGCAAAUCAGCAGGCGCACCCACCAUUUAUGUCAGGAAAUAUUGGCUGGUCUGAUAUCAGUAAGAACAGAAAUCACAGUCAUUGCCGUUACUUGUUCUGUGAGUCAUAUUGCCUCUAGUUGUGAGUUUGUGAGUCAAAUCAGGAGCCUGUCUCUUAGUCAAUGCUUCUCUCUCCAACAGAGAUUCAUGAGGAUUUUUGGCUGUAAUGAGCCUGUUUUUCAGUAAUCCUGGAGACCAACAGAGAGCAAAACAACAUGAAGGCAAAACAGUGCCUUUAGCCAAAAAGCUCAAGUCAGUAUGUUAACCUGCUUUCAGUGACAAAGCUAACACGCCGAUUCUUGGCAUGUUGAAGUAAACUCAAUCUCUGGUUUGCACUCCUGCAUACAGAAAGUCCACAGUCUCUCAAAAGGGCGGCCCUACAGCUCCAUCUUGACCCACAGCUCUGUGCUGCAUGUAAUUCCCUAUUCUCUCGUCCCAGUUUGCAGGUGCAUCCACUGUCCUAUCUCUCAGUGAAAGGAAUAAAACAAGAGGGGCAUGUGUGGACUCUUGACAGAGGUGGCCCAGUUAGGGCUCUGACAGAGGCAAAAGGGGCCAAGGCAUCACAAGAGUGUCCUACCAAGGAAACUUACAGAACUCCAUGCAUUUAGGGAUAUAAUUAAACAAAACAAUUCUUGGUCGACUAAAACCCUGAAAUUCCCGACUCUCGGUGGGGUAAAAAUAUACUGAUAUCAGCACAAAAGGCUAAAAUAUAAAUAUUGAGCAAACCUUCUUCUUCUUCUUGUUUUACGGCUAUGGCAACCAUUGUUAACCACCGGACGUUGAUUGACAUGGACGCUCUUCAAUCUUCCUGUCUCCAGUCGGUCGGUGUCCAGUGGGUUGGGCGAAUUAGCCCUUGGUAUGUUCCUCCUGAUGAAAUUAACCUUACCCCCAAUUUCCACUGCAUCCGAAACGGCUACGAAAAGACCCGAUCGCGGCUGCUCGUAACCAUUUAUGUCGAUGUGUCAGUUUCCAUCGGCUUCUUUUUGUUCCACUGCUCGGAUCGCCGAACUCUGCAGCUGAUCGCAAGAGUUCUAUUUUUUCCGGACACUGGAGCAAACACUCAGAUCGUAUUUCACACCAUGCAAACGGGCGGGGAUGAACAAGUGAAAGGUUUUUAGACAGCAUUUCAUCCUGAUGACACCAUGGAUGAGGAGAUGCUGAUUUUAGAAGUCUAGAAGUAGAUUUCCUCCUCUGGAAUGACAUAAUCUACUGCUUAAAUGGUUAGCCUGUGUGGCUAGAGACAACUUGUUUUUGCGCAAUUGCAUGUGAAUCUGCGGUUUCUUGUCAGUUCUCGUGAUUCCCAUAGACUGUAUAUACUAUGGACAACUUGGUUCCACCGCCUGUAUACGGAUUUGAAAAGCUCUUGAUGUUUCCGGGAUUUUUCUUCAUUUCCUGAAACCAGUGCUGCGCAGUAGCGAUGUGCGCUUUCGGCUGCGCAGUCGCCGAGAGUCACUGACACAAUGAGGACUCUUUCCAUGCUGAUAACAGCAUAUUGAUGCCUCUGUAAAACCUGUUAAAGCAAAUUAAACUAUCAGCACUGAGAAUCUGUAUUUCUAGUUCGUUGCUAUUAAAGCCUGAAGUUGCUACCACAUGGUAAGUGUCAGGCUUCACUUCCCAAAAACAGCUUUUAAUUGCAUUUUUCACAGUAUGCCUUUUACUAAGUGAUACAUUCGACUGUUAAAAGACAGCAGGACAAAUUUGGUGUUAAAAAAAUCAACUUUCUCAUGUUUAGAAUUAAAUUGGCAAAUAGAAAAAGAAGUACAGCUUUGUUCACAGGGGGUUCCAAAUCAGCCAAAACUGAAAGCGUUUCUCAGGCGCUUUAAUAACAUCAGCCUUCAACUCAGAUCUCAAACUAAUUAAAGCAGCCUUGUGCACUCAAAGCUGCUCAACGGUCCCCAGUGAUAUCACUCGAUAUAUGUCAGUUAUUCUAUCUGAUUUGAGGUGUAAAACAUGGUCAGUAUAUCUCAGACAGCAGGGCACAGCUUUCUCAGUUAGAGGGAAAUUGAUUCUCUCUACAUGAUCUAUCGAAGGGGGCGAAGCUGCCUCCUAUUCCAGCUCUUUCAUUAUGGCAGCUGGUUACACUCACCCUCAAAGAGGUCCAUUAACAGAGCAGAAAGAUUACAUUUACAGUGCCUGGUAAGAAAAGUGACCUCUUUGAUUAUCUACAGAGCCCUCUACUGAAAUUGUUUUUCAUUAAUGGCCUGAGGAGGGACGAUUGAUAGCUUCCUAUAUAUAGGUAGCUCUCUGUGAAUUCUCCUUUUCCUCCAGAUGGUCACUGCUGUGGUGCAUCUCAUCAAAACUUUAAAGCACAGCCCAGUUCAGCUAAAUAUUUUACUUUGGUUUGGAUGGAAAUUGACGGCGAGCUCACUUGUCAGCACCUACGUCAAACCUGCCAUCUGCCUGUCCUGAAAUGUACGGCGUCUUGUUGGCGUCGCCACUCGGAGCAAAACAAUCCUCUUGAGUUCAACGAGUCCGUGCACUCAGGGUUUCGAUGUAUUAUACACUCGGCCAGAGUACGAUUCGCAAAAUCCAAACCUCAGAGACGAGUCUUUGACAUUUUUAUGUGGCUUCAAGAGAAAUUUCCAGUGUCUGACUAUUUUUGUGGUAUUAGACUGAAUGUGUCAUUUGACAAUACACUGAAGCACAGCAUGACGGCUGAAGUGAAGGGAACUGAAACACUGAACAUCUCCAACACGCAAACACGGACAGGAUUCCUUCUGAGACGCUUGUCUUGACUGAAACAGAAAUGAAAUCUUCAGGGGGAUGUGUCCUUGAACCGUGAAUUCUUAUCUGACGUGGCAUGACUUCACUUUUAUUCUUCGGCUCUUCAGGAUAACUCACUCUUUGUCUUUCUUUAGAAAAAUGGCCAUAAGGGGGACAUCCUCUGCGCGGUGCAGUGCCCUCCAUCUCUUCUCGCCACUAGCAGCUACGACGGCGAGGUUAUAGUCUGGAACAUGGUUUCUGGGCGUAUCAAGUGUCGGUUUGUCAGCCCAGUUUUGACUGGACAGAAAAAUGCUGAAGGUGAUUUGCGUGCAUUAAGGUGAAUUUUGAACAAAAUCAAUAAACUCUGGCAACUUUGUAUCUAAAUGAUCCAUUUUUGUUAUUUCACAGGAUGGGAUAUAAGCGUCCCGAGCAUAAUUUUCCUUAAAAACUCCAAGUUGCACCAGUUUUCCUCGGCUACAGCUCUGCUGUCAUCUGGAGCCUCAGGUCAGUGUGAUUCAGUGAGUGCUUGGACAUCAUUUCCUCCUUUAAUAUCAGUCAACACUCUCUUAAUUUGGCUGUGAAUCUCCUCUUUUACAGGUUGUAUAAAUCUCUGGAGUGUGCUCGGUGGACAAAAAUUCGUCGGCUCCUUUAAAGCUGUAAGAUACUCCUCUUUUCGCUCUUAGCGUGUUAAGAACUCCACUUAUAAUCUCUAUUGUCGUACCUUGAAAACUGCUGAUUGCACAGAAAGAUGAAUCCUGGUGCGAGUUUUCUUUGCACCUUUUAAACACCUUGCAGGUACUUCCCUUGCAGCUCUGAAAUGCAAAACAGAAACCCUUGUAUCUGACACAGGGUGAACUUGGGGGGUUUUACGCUCAAAUUAAACAUGUGCCAAGAAAUCCGAACAUGGAAAACAGAGAGUGUCUUUGUAGACUUGAAAUCGUAAAGAUCCUCUACUGUGAGAGGCACAAAAUCUUUUAAGUAACACUUUUGAUUUGGUGCUGCAUGUGUGAUAACAACUUAACAGUUUUUUAAAGCUCUUACUUAAUAAAAUUUUAAACGUGCAUCAAACAGGCAGCUGUUUAGAGAGGAGUUUAAUAAAGGAUUUAAGUCCUGCAAAGAAAUGUCAUUUUUAAUGUUUUUACAGUCUAGAUUCCAACAGAAGAUUAUAAAAAUGGCAAAAACAGAUGGAGAAACACUGCUGUACGCUGCAGACAGGAUUGGUUACGUCUAUCUUUACAACAUGGAGAAGUUUGUUGCCACUCAGGAAGACUUUGGAGGUUAGCUACACUUCUUUUCUACCACUGCAUCAAGUAGUCAUAUGGUCAAAGUAUCAUACCUCUGUCUGAUUAUUUUCAUUUUUCUGCAGCUGAAAUCUUCUGGCGUGCUCACACCGGCAGAAUAACAGGGUAUGUGAAAUAUCAGCCCAGCUUCUCAGCAGUUUUAGGAAACAGGAAAGGAGGAGUGGAGCUACGGCUUUGAACACACAGGACUCAGUGUUGGCAAAGCAGUGAUAUUUUCAUCGUGUGUGUUUAGUUUGACGGCAUGUCUCUGUGGUGGCUGACAAGGGCAGGUGAUUUACAGCUGCUGGAGUGAUUUUCACCUAGAGAAACAUGAUGCAAACACAGACAGGAUGCAAGUUCAAGAACACAUGCAAACACAAAACAAAAGCAGAAAACAACCGAGAUAAUUGCUGCAAAUCAAGACUUUUGUUCAUGCUGCAGCUAGACAGCAGUGGGAGCUCUCAUAGUGAUGGCUUCACUUUUGGGGAUCUGUCAUGUCAGCCAUCUAUUCAUGAAGUAUAUAGUCUUCUCUAGCUUGUAAUGGGAUCAUUCUUAGCGUAAAUUUGAUUAUGACCAUGAGGGGAUCCAGUCACAUCCUGCACAAAUGAAUCUGCAUAUGAGGAAUUCAGGUGGUUUUGGUGAAACUGUACGCUUGUUUGAGUCGGCAAGGAAGAAAGGAAAAUGAGUAGCACAACCUUUCGGUUCGUGGUUGAGUCUCAGCUAAUUUUAGUCACUUCUUAUUCACCUCAGCUUUACUGCAGUGCUUUCAUACACGAACACCUGACCUUUAAGUGCAUUUGCAUUAUAAAAAGCAAUAUAUAGAUCCCAAUAAAAAAGAAUAAUAUUCAUGCAGCUCAUUCUCAGCACAACUGCAGCACAAUCUUUAUCAGACUUUGGAUUUUUCUUUAACUUUUAGCAAGUUCUAAACUGAAAACCCCUCGCUAAAGCAUCCUAAGUGGAACAAAUCAUUCUCAGUCUUGGCAGACAUGACAGCUGAAACAGUAAGCUUCCCCAGCUGCAGCAAAGUGAAGAAGCGAUCGUGUGUGUACGUGUGUGUGUGUGUGUGUGUGUGUGUGUGUGUGUGUGUGUGUGUGUGUGUGUGUGUGUGUGUGUAUGUGUGUGGGGGAAGUUUUAAACAAUCAGUGAAGGUGAGAUGCUGCCUGGAGUGCUGAUCAGACGUACCAACAGAGCAUUUGAUUUAGGAUGUCCUGCCAGAAACGCCGUCUCUCAUUUCAUCUCUUGUCUCUUUAUUCUGGUCAGACUGCAGAUUGUUGACAGUGAUCAAGUGGUGCUUACCUCAUCCACAGACCACACUGUGCGACUGUGGAGUGCGCUCGGAGAAUUCAUAGGUGGGUGUUGUUUAGCAUACGUCAAUCCCGUCUUUCUAGCCGUUAUUAAUGUUCAUGCAAACAUCAUUAAUCUUGAGCGCGGUGGCAUGGUUAAGGCAGAAAUGCUGUUAUUUAUGUGCAUGUUUAUUGCAGUGUGACAGCACACACGUCUGCAAUAACACAAUAGGAGGAUUUUGAAUGAAAUAGGGUAUAAGGCCCCAGUGGUCCCUCUGUCCUCCCACUCUCUAUGUAUUUACCCUGUAACCUUUAAAAACUGAAUCCACAUGGCAGAUUCGAUAUAUUUUGCCUUGAGAUCUGGUAAACAUCCUCUGCUCCAACACUGCAAAACAACUUGGCCUCAGGUGCACACUGUGUCAAAUACUUUCUGUUUAUAAUAAAAACCAGGUCAAUGUGCUACACAACAUCAUUCCUGAGCAAAUAAGGAUUUUACAACCAGAUUUUUUAUCAGUCUCUGUGGUUGAGGAGUGAUUUAGCACCUGCUCAAGGUCUAAUAUUUUAUUUAAAAAAUGUUUGUGCCUAUUUACAAACAAGGACGGAACAAGUUCAGCAAAUAACGGCUAAUCUUCAACUAUCAACUGUCAUCUGUUGUCUAUGUAUCUGCCAAUCUGUAUGCUUUGUUUGACAUGAUUGUUGAUUUAUCGCCCACUGAGUUCUGCCAGUUUCUGCCUACGUUUGUUUUAUCUGUUAAAGAACACUGUAAACGUCUGUUUUUAAAGGUGCAAUACAAAUGAAUUAUUAUUAUUAUUAUUAUUAUUAUUAUUAUUAUUAUUAUUAUUAUUAUUAUUAUUAUUUAUUAUUAUUAUUAUUAUUAUUAUUAUUAUUAUUAUUAUUGUUAUUAUUAUUAUUUUAGUAUUAUUAUUAUUAUAUUAUAUUAUAUUAUAUGAUGAUUAUUAUUAUUAUUAUAUCACUACUUUUAUUAUCAUUACUUUGUUGUUAUUAUAAUUACUUUAUUGUUAUACUUUUUUUAUUAUUAUAAUUAUUGUUAUUAGUGUUAUUAUUAAUACCAUUUUUAUUAUUAUUAUUAUUAUUAUUAUUAUUAUUACUACAAUUGUUAUCCAAUUAUUAUUAUUAUUAUAUAUUUUUUGUGUAUUAUUAUUAUCAUCAUCAUCAUCGUCAUUAUCAUCAUUACUAAUGUUUUUUUUUAUUUUUUUUUUAUAGUAAGUAAGGAACAACAUGUACUGAGUGGGUUGUUGUAAUGGAUUAUUGCACGGCUGUGUUAAGUACUUAAGGCCGGAUACUCAGUACCCCGUAGGAAAGGAAAGGAAUGUAAAAGACAUAAAAAUAGGUUAUAACAGAGAGGUCUUAAAAGGUGCUUUUGGAUCAAAAGCACCCAGAGCUUUUAGUUCUCUUCAAGGGCAAAAUGGUCCCUGUGGCCCACUGUUUCUUCUUACACAUAAGGCCAGAUAAAUGUUCCCCGGGGGAUUUCGAGCACCUCAAAGACAGAGCUAGGCGAGCAGUCCCCCUCUUUUUCCACCCCUCUUUGUUAAGAUUAGCUCAGAUGCUGCUUGUAGCACAGAUGUGAGAGUGGUAGGACUUUUCUAUGCCACUCUGUUUUCUAAAAAUGUUGAAUUGCCCCUUUAAAAAGCUUUGAAGUAUGCUUCUAUUUGGCAUUUAAACACAUGUCCAAGUAUUUCUCCUGCAGUGCGUUCUCACAAAAUGAAAUGCCAGCUCCUUCAAGACAUUCAUGCUUUAGUCUAAUUAUUACUUUGCAUUGUGUAAAGUUCAGCAUGUUCAUUUUGAGGUCGGAUUCACAUCCACCCUAACAUUUGAGCCCAGUAUGUAACAUAUCAUAGUCAUAAUUGUGUCUAUAUUUAUCAAACUGGUCAGUGGGAGUGGUGUCGCACAGUUGGGCUCAGCUGUUAUGAAAUGAUCGUAAAUGAAUUCAGACAUUGUGACAUUUUGAGAAGCUGCAGUUUUGACAGUGUCACAUUCCUUCAGCGCCAUGCCGUGCAAUAUGUCACAACAUUAAAAUGGAGACCUUUGCUUUCCGUCCACAGGGACCUUUGGGCAGUCUGAGAGCUGGAGCAUCCACAUCCCCUCAUCCUGGGAGCACCCUGCUGUUCCCUACCAGGUUCUGGUGGAUCCUCUCAGUAUGCCAGAUCAUGAUAUUCUAAAUACAAGAACAGAUCUUUCUGAUGCCAUCAAUCCUGACAAUGGCGACGCUCAUAUAACUAAAGGUGAGCUACUUUCCUUCACAAAUGAUUAUCUGAGCUGUUACUUUUCCUCUCCGUCUCUUUCCCUCCAAUUGUCAAACUGCGCUGAACUUUGCCUGCUCUUUUUGUGGUAUAAUUGCAGCCAGAGACUCACAGUGAGCCGAGACUUCCUCCAACAUCCAUCAGUGACACUACUGAGGAAGAUUAAAAGCCUGCUGCACCCAGAGGAACACAAGAGUGGGUGGGUUAGAGCCAUUACAGCAGCAAAGACGAUACUGUACAUGUGCAAUGCAAGUCUUACACCAGACCGGGCUUUAAAAAGUAAAGGGGGUUUAUAUUUAGACUUGGUGUUGCUUCUUUUGCAUUUUAGGCAGUGUUGUGAAAGUGUCAGGCAUACUAACAAGCUAUCGAACCGCAGCGCACUGAACGGCUUUGAUACUGUGGAGCCACCAAGCCUCAGAGUAAGACCUGACCUCUCUCCUGCUGCUAUCGAUCCUUUCAUAAGCAGUGCUGAGGAACAGGAGUCAACUGAAUAAAG